CACAUAAAAGUUAAUUGCCAAUUACUUUAACGAUGGAUUUUUUUAGAUCAUUUGCAUUGUGAGAGCAUUUAUCGAAAUUUGCCAUAGGAGAAGCAACUGUGCAAAAUGGGACCACUUAGGAAUUGUGUUAAAAUUUUAGUGGUUGUGAUUACUGCCGCUUCUGCCGGAAUAUCUCCUGUACACGAUCUUAAAGCCAAAUUCAAUUCAAAAGUUGCUGGAGAGUCGUUCCUGCUUAACUCGCCUCACAAAGCUCUAAAGCACUUGGACAACUCUAUAUUAAAAGCAACAAAAAACGUAACUCAAAAUCCUCAAAUGGAAGAAAAACUUUAUCAGAUUUCCAAAGACCUCGUCUCAGCUAUUCUGUCAAAAUUAGAAAUUCAAGAUAAGAUAACGAGAGUUACAAGGGAGGCUCUUGAAGCACCAGGAAAAAAUAAGGGUAUAACAGCCAUAGAAACACGAAGGAUAUUGGAUUACAUAUCACGAACCUUAUCAGGAAAUAUACUUAGUGUCACGAGAGCUUCAACGGAGCCGGAAUUACAUCGACUAGUAUAUGGCUUGGCUCAAAUUGCAGCAGAGGUUUCCAUAGUAUCAGCAUUAAAAGAUAUAACCUACGCGAGCGCUUUAUCGAAGAAGCAGUCUGUAGAUUUAUCAUUGCGUAAAAAGAGAGAAAUUAUAUCUGGCGCAGGAAAUAAAAUAGCUCUGCCCAUCCCGGUAACUAAUUCUGUUCCGACGAUUUAUGAUGCUAUAUUGAAUAAAUCUGCUGUUAUGGUCACACCAUCUGCACCACUUAUGCAUAAUAAUAUGACAAUACCUCUAUCACCAUUUUCCGUUUUACCUCGUGGUAACUCGUUACAUAUAUUGAAUUCGAAACCUACUUUAGCUACUGGUGUUAAAGGAUUUUUAAAUCAAACAGCAUUGGAUAUUGAAAACAAUGAACGGAAUGGCAAUAAAACAGCAGAACCAAUACUAAUAGAAAAUUCCGUUAAUGGGACUCACGAAUUAGUAAUAGAUGCACCGAAUUACGACAGUCAAGACAUUCUAGUAGAUGACUGGCUUGACCCAAGGGACAAUAUUUACAAACCUGCACUAAACGCAGAUGUUGUGGCAGAAAUUAAUUUAGAUCAGCCUGAGUAUGAGGACGAAACGAAAAAUGAAAAGAGAGCUAAACAGAAGAUGGAAAAACUUGAAGCAAAGGCUAAGAAAGCAAUUCUGUAUGCAGGUGAUGUAGCGUAUUUGACAGCAGCUAGCGUUGUGGCUAUGCGACGGGCGUUGACUGCGUCCAUCGAGGUGCAAAUGUCCGUAAGGUACGCUAAAAACGGUAUGGCGAACCAUCAAGAGCUAAUGAUGAAUCUGGCGAAAACCGCGGCGCAGCAGGCUGGUAAGGAAGCUAAGAGCGCUAGUUCAAAAUCGCUUGCAUGUGAAAGAGUUAUCAAACUUGCACUAAAAUAUACUGCUCAGUCGCACGGGGCAAAUUUGAACCAUGUUGCAAAUCGGAUAAUAAUGGAUUCCCUAUCAUUAGCUACGCUAGCCAAGUCGAUGGCGUACGUUUCGUCAGACAUCGCUAUCAAUUCCUUGUAUCAAGCGACGGAUGUCAAACCCCCAUCGUGAAAUCUAUGUGUUAAAGUUUCCCAAUAAAUAUUUACUUCAUAA